CUUCGCUGAUGUCUGGGGUAGAGAUUCAGGGAAGGCGGUUCAACCAUCAGCCCCAGUGAACAGAGGUGGGUCUGUUAUUGUUUGUCCUUUUAUAUAUAUAUAUAUAUAAAUUGCCCACCGUGAGAGGACUCACAGGCAUUGAAACACCAGAAGGUGUUCGCUUAAUUAAAAAGAAACGGACUCUCCCAUCAAUUAGACAGCACCGGCUUUUUGUUCCCGUCUGAUAUGGCGAUAGCCCACGUAGCCACGGAGUACGUCUUUUCGGACUUUUUGUUAAAGGACCCUACAGAGACGAAGUACAAAGGCAUCCGUCUGGAGUUGGCGGUGGACAAAAUAGUCACGUUUCUGGCGGUGGGACUGCCAUUGUUUCUCAUCUCGCUCGCUUUUGCCCAAGAGGUGUCAGUAGGCACCCAGAUCAGCUGCUUUCCUCCCACUAACUUUUCCUGGAGACAGGCUGGAUACGUGGACUCCUUUUGUUGGGCAGCGGUGCAGCAACAAGAAGACAGCUCACCACUGUGGCUACACAAGUUCUUUCCAUACAUCCUGCUCUUACUGGCCAUCCUCAUGUACAUCCCUGCCUUGUUCUGGCGUUUCACAGCAGCUCCGCACCUCUCCUCUGACCUCAGCUUCAUCAUGGAGGAGCUGGACCGCUUUUAUAAUCGUGCCAUCAAACUAGCCAAGAAUUUGGCAUCUUUAGAUAGCAAGGAUGCACCAGAAGGCACACAGAGUGCUUUGGACCUGACUGAGGGCUGCUUUAAAUACCCUUUAGUGGAGCAGUAUUUGAAGACCAAGCGCUUUUCUCACAGACUUGUGAUCAAGUACCUGGCAUGUCGGGGACUGACUCUGCUGAUCCUCCUGUUGGCAUGUAUCUACCUUGGCUACUACAUCCAACUAGCUUCUCUCACAGAUGAGUUUCCAUGUGACCUGCGGACAGGAGUGCUGAAGAACGACAGCAUGGUGCAGUCUCCUGUUCAGUGUAAGCUCGUUGCAGUGGGCGUCUUCAGGCUUCUCAGCUACAUCAACCUGGGAGUAUAUGUGGUUCUUGCUCCGUUAGUGGUGUAUGCCGCUCUUGGACCAGCACGUCAAAGCUCUAGCUUCCUUCGGCCUUACGAGAUGCUGCCAGGAUUUGGUGCUCUGGGUCUGGUCACCCCCGUCUACAACGAUCUCAGUAUCUAUCUGCUGUACCUGCAUGAGAACCUGAGUGCCCUCAAGUCCUUUAAGUGUCUGCAGGUGCUUGAGUUGUUGCAAGAGGCUAAUGAUGAGGGGUUUGACACCAUGUGCCUACUGCGAUCUCUGGGACAGGUGAAGACUGAUGUUUUAGACAGUAAGAAGAUGUGCUCUUACAAGGGCAACAGAGAGACAGAUAAGGCUGAAGAAUAAUUACUCUCAGUGCCUUGUUACCGCCGAUGAAAUGGCCUGAUGAGGAUAAAUCCUGCUUUGAUGGAAAAGAAGAACCUGGACCAACUCCUUUGGGCUUAUUUUUUUUUUUUAUCUAAGUUGCUGUAGCAUAUUGACCUACAAACCUGUAGUAUGACCAAUUCACAGUUGCUGACCACAGGCAUUUUUCUAAAUGGACUUUCCCAGUAUUUCCUCUUUAUUGCUGUACAUAUUAAUUUGCUCAGGAUCCAAACUGCCUUCCAGUUAAAGCAAGCCAUGUUCUUCGAACAAAUUUUUCAGAUGCAACAGCCUACUUCCUGCUCUUCAUUAUAGAAUGAGAGAAGAUUCGUACCACUUUGCUUAUAUUAAUUAACGUGUAAUUAUUGAAAAUAAAUGCAGACUGUGGUGUAAAACAUUUUUGUCUGUAAAUGUGUAGUUAUCAGCACUGGCAAACUGUAUGCGAUGUACUUUGGUUUGUGCUU